CUCUACAUCUUUGAAGUGUAGCGGAGGACUGAGGGCUGGAUAGAGAGUGAGAGCACCACCGGACCGGUAUGUUAUGUCUGGCACACAUCGCCGUCCGCACUGCAGUCCUCGAGCUCAGUCUUUUCUUAUCAUAUUUGAAAUACGUUGUCGCGUGCUGCUGUGUGAACCUGCGCUGACCAUAAAAUAACUCACCACAGAAAAAACAGCUGAUCCACGGAUGCUCGUCUCGGGCAACAACCACCAAAGACAAACAAGUGUUCAGAUCAGACGGGCUGCAGGCCUCGGCCUCCGCUGGGAUGCCAGAUAUGUGAUGGUUAUCAGUCUAUUCAGCUUGUGGAGGUGGGGCACGGCAUCACACAGCAUCCUGGACCAGAGCUCUGGCAUGGAUUUUUGGAUCGCUGUCAAAUGAAAGUAGCCGACAUGUUUGGGUUGCUAAGGGAAAAAGUUUAAGAACCGUUUUUUCAGGCCGAGUUGUCUGCGGUACGGGAGAACGUAUCCAGCCUCGGCAGUGAGGUGUGUUUGGUCGAUGAAGGCCACUCACCAUUGUGAUGUAUAAUGGCUCCUGUGCUGAGUGCUGUGUUGGGGUCAGGGGCCGUGGGGUCAGAGGUCGCAGUGCUGGCUAAAGGGGAGCUGGCUCUUAUUGGAACGCUCACGGGACUCUCUGCUUUCCUGCUGCUCUCCGUGCUGCUGCUGCUGCUGUGUGCGAGCUGCCAGGGGCAGAAACAAGGGAGCGGGCCCCCAGGAGACCAUGAAAACCUGAUGAAUGGGGUGUCGGAAAAAGAAACGUGCAGCCAGUCGGCACAAAGUCACGGCACUGAUUUGGAGGUCAGCAGCUCCCAUAAUGGGCCUCUCACAAGUGGUACAGGUACAGUACUCACGGACACGAUGGACACGAGUCCCCAGCCCUCAGAGGACAUGCUGUCCAGCCAAUCGGAGAUCAGGUCAUCCAAGUGUCAUCAGGACCGGGAAUUACCCAGCAUCCCACCCACGGAUGCCCUCAAGGCAGCUGUGCUCAACGGUCAAGCUGCUUCAGGUGACGGCACGUAUGAAGUGCUGAAGGACGGCGCCUCCCGAGACGUCAGCGUGGAGGAUUCUCUGUACGAAACAGUGAAGGAGCUGAAAGACAUCGGCCUCCCCAACGGUACGCUGAGCCCGGAGGAGCCGCCCGCACCUCUAGUCAACGGUCACCCCAGCCCCGCCACACCGGAUCGGAACGUGCUGCCCAACGGCGUUGAGUACGCCUCUGUGAACCUCAGCAAGAAAAGCCGUUAUAGCACUGAUAUGGAAGCCAGGCGCUCGGCUGCCAUCGUGGAUCCUGAAGAGCUGGAAGAUGAGAAACCACCUCCCGUUCCAGAUAAAGUUUUGGAUGAAAAUGACAACCAACAGAUUAACGACCUUCCAAAUGGACAGUUACACUCCUCAUUGUUGACUCCAGAGCUGCAGAAUAACGUGUCUCUGGACAGUGAGUUAUCAGACAUGUACUCCAAGGUGGCUAAGCCGGUUGUUAAGGAAACAGAGCAUGACUACAGCAGCAUCGCAGAGAUCAAGGGUUUAGUGCCCGAGUCGACGUCCAGUGAUCUUUACGCCACAGUCAGGGAGGAAUUCCCUUUAUCUCCUGGCUCCCAGCCUCUGGAGCUCACAGAAAACGGAGAACCUGGGUACGAGAGCAUCAAGAUUCCCAAAGCAGCUGAAGAGGAUCAUCAGGGUAACGGGACAGUGGAACCAGACUAUGAGAGCGUUGGGGAACUGGGUCUGAGCAGGGAAAUCUCUCGUCUUUGACCACCCACUCAACCGGAGACUGUGGAAUCUGGGGUGAUAUUGUGAGCAUAAGGCACUUAGCCCUUGAUGACUGAGGAGGCGAUUCACUAAAAAUGUACUGCGGUCACAUAUAGCAUACGGUUAACUUGCACGUUUUAGCACUGUAAUCCAGGCACCUAAAUUGACCAUUUAAAAUACCUGAAAUGUUCUCUUAUAUCAGAAUUAUUGCUGUGAUCAAAAGAAAAUCAUAGAUGUUUUUUAAACAUAAACAUUUAAAUACAUUUGUUAAUAAAUCCCAUUUACUUUUACAGCGAUAAGCAAAUAGUGCCGUGCAUAAUAAAGCGCAAUCUAUAAAAAGUCAAAUUUAGAAAACAGAAGGGCGUGUUUGCUCAGAAAAAUAAUAACAAUACAACACAAUUUAAAUACGCCACUUGAAUGCGUUUAGUGCCUGUUUAACUGGAAUGUUGGUGGUUAGUAAAAAUGACACAUGCAAAAUUGGUGCAAUUGUUUAGUGAACUCACCCCUGAAUGUUUCGGAGUGAUUUUAAAUGUUAAAGUGACAAUUAAAAGGGUUUAUUUGGUGUCAGGGCCAUUGAAAUCUUCUAGUAAACAAUACUGCGUCGACCAAAGUAUGCUUCAGUGUAAGACCUGUGACCCAGCACAGGAAAUGAAACACUGCCGAUUGGCUCACAAGAAGGUUUGCUAUGCUAUUGAUGUGAAUAUUUGGGCACAACAAACCCGAGAUGCCCUUUUAACAUCAUCUGUGCUCACAUGAAAAAUAUUUGAUUCAUAACGUGUACUAGAAGUUCUAGCGUUCUCGCACGCUGCACCUGCUGCGAAAGGCCUUAUCAUUUUCACAUGAUACUAUUCAAGCAAAGAACAAGUCUGAAUGGGCUGGAGUUGUGUCCUUACAUUACCCUUAAAUACAGCAAGACUUUUAGAUGAGUCCAAUGAGGAACUACACUCAUCCGUAUCAUUCAGAACAGCUGGAGCGUUAAGUUCCACAAAAGAUCACGCAGUAAACAGGUUACAUCACAUGACACGUAUCAAAAGAGAAAUGUUUAAAUGUAGCCGCCAUUCUGAGCCUCUGAGUUCAGGUGAGGAAGUGUCCUUUUAAGGUACGCAGAGUUAAAGUAUCCAACUCAUGUACGAGUGUGUAUUAUUGAAAAGUUGGCUCUUAUCUUUUGCUGAUGUGAAUUCAACUUCUUUAAUCGUCAUUUGUGAUGUUAUCGAGUUAUGUUACAUAAUAUUUGUAAAAAUACAUUUUAAGAUUUUUUAAUCGACGCAGCUGUAUUGAUUGUGUUUCAAAUACAUUAUAUAUUUCAGAUAUUGUUUGGUUUUUACAUAUAAUAGGUACGUGGCAUUUCAAAAGACUGAUAAGCACAGGGGGAUUAAGAGAAAUCAAUGGUUCUGCCACACUGCAGCUUUGCCUGGCAGCUUUAUUAUGUACUUUAUUAUCAGGUAUGCAUUUGAGUUUGCUGCAUUUACUUGUAGCAGUAUAAUCGAAAAAGCGUGUCCAGACGCCGCAUGUGACAAUUUCAUGCCAAGAGACACUUGUAAAUAUUCAAAUGAGCUGUUAAAUGUCACUGUUUAAGUAUGAUUUUAAAGAUCGUUACCAUUGGCAACAGCUACUUCCGAUUGACAAUAAAAGGAAUGUUUUGUUAUAGUUUGUUUGUUUGUUAAAGGAGGUUUAUUUACAUCAGGCAUUUAUUAACAGGAUUUCUUAGCACUAUUUAAACGUAAGGUUUACGUAAUGGACUGUGGAUGGAGUCCCAAUGUUGUCCGUGCUUUGUAAUGAUGGUACAUUGUGUUGGUACAGAUUCUGUAUGAAAAACAUCCUUGUUUUGUUUAAUAUUACGAGGAAACAUUCUGUUUCUCCCUCUUACCAAAUUCUGUGCAUUUGGUUGUAAAUACGUGAAUUUUGCAUUUAUUGCAUAAUCAUCUUUGUAUUGUUGUAUUUGCUUAUUAAACAGUACAGUCAUGCUGGACUAAUAACAUGCAUGCAUGUAUUUUCACAUCAACUAUUUACCUUCUAAUUAAAGUGUUAUUUAUCGAUUAACAUCAUGUUUAGUCCUAUGUUUACAUAAGGCAUUAUUAUUACUAAUUUAUACUGCAUUGCUACAAAUACACAUUCAAAAUGUGUUAAUAUUGGAUCUGUCAGUACAAACUAGUAAAUUCUCAAGUGUCUUCAUUUGCUAGUUUUAUUACCAUGUCACACGUUAUUAAAGGACCUCAAAUAAAGAGCAUAUUCCACUCGGUUGCCUAGUAUUGAUUGAGCCUCAUGCAUUUUAAAUGUGACUGUCAUAAGGGAAGUGUGGUAAAAGGAUAUUGAAUGGAGUUUUUCAUUCUCACUUCAAAAGGAAUAAUUGUUUCUUCAUUAAUAUUCAUCAAAUCUUUCAACUAUGCUUAAGGGCUAAUUCUUAUGGUUUAUUAUGACCACAACCACACAGUAAUUACAAUACACACAGGUAUGUUCUUGAAAGGCAUAGGCUAGUUCACCUAGAAAUAAACAUUAUGUCAUCAUUUAUUCCCCCUCAUGUCAUUCCAAACCUGUAUGAUUGCUUUCCUCUGCAGAACACAAAAGAAGAUAUUUUGAAGAACGUUGAUAACCAAACAAUGCUGGAUGCCAUUCGUUAUUUUUGUGUGAAUUCUCACUUUAACAGGAUCAAUGUCAUUAUCAGUUUAGGUAGACAUUGUCAUGCUGACUAUAUGUACAUAUUAAUUGUGUUGAACCAGACACGCUUGAACACCUUUUAAUACAAACAAGAUAACAAUUAUCCUCAUCAAUAACAUCAAUGACACUACUGCCCUUUAGCUGUUUGUAAUGUUUAAAGUAACUAAACCUUAUUUAUCACAAUAAAUUUUUUAGAGAGUGACCUGC